GUGGACGGAGAAAGAAGCCAUCACGACCCGAGGGAUAUGGUGUAUAAAACGAGGCGGUUGAUAAUUUCAAUUCAGCACGUCUUGGACCUGGACGACUACCACUCCUUGUUGGUGGGGGACUCGUCCAACGGAAGGAGGGGAAGCUCAAAGCUUUUUCUCGAAAGACGACUGAAGCGUGUACCGAGUGAUCGAAUAAACAACUCCACUCCUCUGUCUCUGUCUCCGCCUCUCGCUCUCUCUCUCUCUCUCUCCCCCCCUCUCCUCCUCCUCUCUCACAGGGUCUAGCAAGACACUACAUUCGCCACACCGAUCUGGCCUAACUUGCGCUGCACAUCUGCUAUGUGCGCAUCAACCCAGGCGGUGGACGGCAUAUUACGAGCCCGGGAUUGCAUCUACGUCCACAAGCAGGAAACCCAGAGACUUGGGUCCGACCCGCGAGCCGUGUCAGUUGUCGCCUCGUGGUGACAUUUGUACAUUAGAGUGUAGCAGGAGGUGUGGGACUCUCGAAGGCUGAGAAGGGCGGGGCAAUCUCCGCAUGCAGGUUCUCUGGGGCCGAACACUCUCUCGUGUACAAAGAGAUUUUCGUUUGUGUACAUGCUGCUACUCACGCAAGUAGCAGUAAAGGCAGAGAAUCUCAGCUGUGCAUAAUAAGUGAAGCUCAGCACAGCAGCGGUGGGUGGGACUUCGACACAGAAGGUUGCAGCUGCAGCUGCAGCUGCAAGUUUUUUUAAUUUUAAUUUUGAGGUUUUCCUUUUUGUUCUUUCGAAGAGAUUUUUGGUACCUCGCUCGCGGAGGUAACGAAGGUACCCAAUUCCAACGAGGUUCAGGAGAGGUCUCGUGGGCAAUUUUUGCUCGGCAAGUGGGAAGAGGGACGAUUCGGCUGGCGAAGCCAAUGCUAACGACUAUGCUUCUUCUCCGCGACCGCUCUAAAGCUUCAGGCGGGAGAUUUUCUGAUCCCACAUAUCUCAAUUCGGCCAUCUGUGUGGCACAAGCUGCGAGACCCCAUAGCUUCGAUUCGAAAUCACAGGUCGUUAGGCCUUAGCACACACUGUCCCCGUGAUAUCCUCGAUUCAGCACCGAGCGUGGAAGGGAGUACAAGUCUCGGCACCUGAGGGUGCGAAGUCCUCUGUGGAAAGAGGAAUCGAAGGUCGACGCAAUGGGUGAUCGCGCUUCAGAUGGAAUAAUUUCCACGCAGGCGGGAGUCACAGGUGUGGGUGCGGCAGAGGCCAGCGCUGCCGCUAUGCCCGAUACAGUUGCUCACGUGAAGGACCAAAACCAGCUCGAGGUGGUGAAUGGGCACAAGUUGGACAAGUCGGAUGUGGAUGAUGAGGAGGACGGCGAGGGAGCGAAGAAGGACAAGAAGAGUAAGAAGAAGAAGAAGAAGGAUGACGAGGUCGUGGAAUUGAUUUCCAUCCGCGAGCUGUUCUCGUUCGCGGACGGGCUGGAUCGGAUUCUCAUCAUAGUCGGAACAAUAGCCGCCAUCUGCAAUGGGCUGGCGCAGCCGCUCAUGACUCUGGUGUUCGGCCAACUUAUCAACGCGUUCGGCCAAAAUACUACGGACACCAAAGAGCUGGUCAGCGAAGUCGGAGCGGUGGCGUUGCGCUUUGUGUACAUUGGAACUGGGAGUGCCAUAGCUGCCUACAUUGAGGUGGCAUUUUGGAUCGUUGCAGGAGAGCGACAGGCAGCGAGAAUCAGAAGCUUGUACUUGAGGCAAAUUUUGCGACAAGAUAUUUCCUUCUUCGAUCAAGAUACUACCACUGGCGAGGUGAUUGCGAGGAUGUCGGGAGAUACAAUUCUCAUUCAAGAUGCGUUAGGAGAAAAGGUGGGCAAACUUUUGCAACUGACGUCCACCUUCUUCGGAGGAUAUGUUAUAGCAUUCAUCAAGAGUUGGAAGCUCACUCUGGUAAUGCUGGCAAUCAUGCCCAUCAUUGUCGUCACCGGUGGGCUUAUGUCCAAGUUUAUCUCGCAGCUAUCCAACAGGGGCCAGAACGCAUACGCUGGGGCAGGUUCCUUGGUUGAGCAGAUCGUGGGCUCCAUCAGGACGGUGACAUCUUACACGGGGGAGCAAAGGGCUGUGAAGAUGUACGAUGAAUCUCUGAAAGGGGCAGAAACGGCGGGCAUGCGGCAAGGUCUAGUUACUGGUGCCGGUUUUGGGUUCUUAAUAGGCACCAUGUUCAUGGCUUACGGUCUGGCUCUUUGGUACGGAGGUAUACUCGUCAGGGACGAGGGUUUAACUGGAGGCCAAGUGAUUAACGUCAUUUUCGCUGUUCUCACCGGAGCCAUGUCUUUAGGACAAACCUCUCCAUCGAUAGGAGCAGUGGCCAGUGGUCGAGCAGCAGCUUUCAAAAUGUUCCAAGUUAUAAAACGCAAGUCUGAGAUCGACGUCUUGGACAAGAGUGGUGUGGUUCCUGAGAUGUUGAAGGGUGAUGUGGAGCUCCGAAAUGUCGACUUCCACUACCCAAUGCGACCUGAUGUGCAAAUCUUCUCGAAUUUCAACCUUUUCAUACCAUCAGGAAAGACUGUGGCUCUCGUAGGAGAGAGCGGAAGUGGGAAGUCUACUGUCAUAGCUCUCGUAGAGAGAUUUUACGAUCCUCAAUCUGGUCAGGUGCUGAUUGAUGGGCUUGACAUCAAAAGCAUCCAGCUGAGGUGGUUAAGGGAGCAUAUCGGAUUGGUUAGCCAGGAGCCAGUGCUUUUUGGAACGUCCAUCAAGGAGAACAUCUCGUACGGCAAGGAAGGAGCAACCAUGGAGGAAAUUGAGCAUGCCGCAGCUCUUGCGAAUGCAGCAAAAUUCAUCAUGAGAGUUCCUCAGGGCUAUGACACCUUAGUUGGAGAACGAGGUAUACAGUUAUCUGGAGGCCAGAAGCAACGAGUAGCAAUCGCACGCGCCAUCUUGAAAAAUCCUCAAAUACUCUUGUUGGACGAGGCAACCAGUGCCUUGGAUGCAGAGUCUGAGCGGGUGGUGCAAGAAGCGCUCGAUCGGGUCAUGACCAACCGCACGACUGUUGUCGUCGCUCACAGGCUGACCACUAUCCGAAAUGCAGAUAUGAUAGCUGUUGUGCAGCGCGGUGUAAUCGUGGAAACUGGAUCACACAACGAGCUGAUACAGAAACCCAAUGGAGCCUAUUCUCAGCUCGUACAUUUGCAAGAGUUUUACGGCAAAAAGAUGACAGAAGAGGAGAGUCCUGAAGAUCCAGAUUUUGUACCUCAAUCCGAGCAGGAGGAGACAUUGAGCAGGGAUGAUAGAAAAAGCGGAAGUUUUAGAUCAUCUUUCACCCUUCCCGCAACUAAUGUGGUUAGAAGGUCCAUGAGCAAGGGUGGCAGUACGAGGAAUUCCUUCAGCCGUGAUGGGAGCGUAAGGCGCAGUGAAACCUUCGGGGGAUCAUUGAAAGGUUCCAGGAAGUACGAUGAUGUCGACCCUGAGAGAGCUCAGCCGAAAAAGAAUGAAGUAGUCGAGGUGUCCAUUCUUCGGCUGGCUCAGUUGAACAGGCCAGAGCUGCCUCUGUUCUUGGUCGGUUCAAUCGGAGCAGCUUGUUCGGGCUUGACCUUCCCAGUCUUCGGGCUUCUGCUGUCCAGUGUCAUCACAGCCUUCUUUGAGCCCGUGGACAAGAUGCAGAAGGACGUGAAUUUCUGGGCCAUUAUGUUCGUCGUUCUGGGUGUCGGAGUCAUGGUUGCAACUCCCGUGCAGCAGUGGAGCUUCGCAAUCGUCGGACACAAGUUGAUUCGACGCAUCCGCCGUCUCACGUUCCAAAAGAUUCUUCAGCAAGAGAUCAACUAUUUCGACCAGGAGGAAAAUUCCAGCGGCGCUAUCGGUUCACGGUUGUCAGGGGAUGCUUCGGCAGUACGCAGUUUGGUUGGAGAUGCCCUGUCUCUCCUGAUGCAAAAUCUCUCCACCAUCACCGCAGGACUGGUCAUAGCCUUCACUGCAAGCUGGCAGUUGGCUUUGAUCGUCAUCGCUGCGGUUCCUCUCUUAGGGGUGCAAGGCUACGUCCAGAUUAAGUGGAUGCAAGGCUUUGCCGAGGAUGCUAAGGUGCUGUACGAGGACGCCAGCCGCGUUGCCAACGAUGCCGUCAGCAGCAUCCGGACGGUGGCGUCAUUCUGUGCCGAGGACCGGAUCUGCAGCUUGUACGAAGAGAAAUGCCAAGAGCCCGUGAAGACUGGCACGCGCCAAGGUUUGAUUGCUGGAAUGGCCCUGGGCUUCUCCAACUUCGUCAUGUUCAGCACCUACGCCUUGUGUUUCUGGGCUGGUGGCAAACUCGUGGACAACGGAACUCUGACCUUCAAGCAAGUGUUCAGGGUAUUCUUUGCCAUCACUCUGAGCGCUGUGGGCGUGACCCAAACGGCCGGACUCGCGCCGGAUUUCACCAAAGUCAAAACCGCCGUCAACUCGAUUUUCAAAGUCCUCGACAGGAAAUCAGAGAUCGACCCUUACGAAGUGUCGGGUCUGAAGCCGGACCAAGUUCGUGGCGAGAUCGGGUUCCAACACGUCUCGUUCUUCUACCCCACGAGACCCGACGUCCAAAUCUUCCAAGAUCUGUGCUUCAAGAUUCCAGCCGGCCAGACCAUGGCGCUGGUGGGAGAGAGCGGGAGCGGGAAGUCGACGGUCAUCUCGUUGAUCGAGCGGUUCUACAACCCGCAGGCGGGAGUGAUCACCGUCGACGGCGCGGACAUCAAGACGCUGAACCUGAAGUGGCUGCGGCAGCAGAUCGGGCUGGUGAGCCAGGAGCCCGUGCUGUUCAACCAGAGCAUCGCCUGGAACAUCCGGUACGGCCGGGAAGGCGACAUCAGCGAAGACGAGGUGGUGGCCGCGGCGACCAGCGCCAAUGCCCACCGGUUCAUCAGCGCUCUGCCCGACGGGUACAAGACCAAGGUGGGCGAGCGGGGAGCGCAGCUGUCGGGUGGCCAGAAGCAGCGCGUGGCCAUCGCCCGGGCCAUCCUGAAGGACCCGCGGAUCCUGCUGCUGGACGAGGCCACCAGCGCCCUGGACGCCGAGUCCGAGCACGUGGUUCAGGAGGCUCUGGACCGGAUCAUGGUCGACCGCACCACGGUCGUGGUCGCUCACCGGCUGUCGACCAUCCGGAACGCCGACAUCAUCGGCGUGGUCAAGAACGGUGUCAUCGUCGAGCAGGGUCGCCACGAUGACCUCAUCGCUCGGCCGAACGGCGCGUAUGCCUCUCUGGUGAAGCUGCACAUGUCCACCGCGUAAGUACAACUGCGAUCGGUACCACGUCCAUCACCUUGGGCUACUGCGAUUGGGGCCUACCUCUUUUGGUUUCAUCCAUGAAGGACUUGAUGGGGUCUUCCCAUCCUUCUUUGCUACGAGAGUAGGAGAGAGGGCGAAGGACAGAGAGAGACCUCGAGGUUUCGUACACUUAUAGAUUAUAGAGCCGAUCCAUCUUGUAGGUAAUACACUAGAAAACCCCACCGGAGAACCACUCGGCCAUGAAGUCUUUAGUAACCAGGACUGAGUUAUUUUCUGAAUUUUUGAAUCCUUGUGCAGGAGCCACGAUUGGGUUUUAGAGAAAUAACCCUCUUACCUGGAUCAAGCCUUAUUUGAGUAGAGCAUAAUUUCCAAUUCACUUGAGUCUAUAGCAACUAGCUUGCCUCAUCCUCCCAAGAACUGCCACGUUUGUCUCAUACAGCGUAAUCACAGUGGCAUUUGUUAUGUACACGAACUAAAACCCAACAGCACAUUGAGAUGAAUAAAAUGACCAACCCGGGGGAUUUUCUCCCCUUUUCGCGGUUUCAGUCU